UGCAGGGCUGUAAUUGAAGUACAAGAUGGCAAGAACCAGCCACAGCAACUAUGUCCUUCAGCAGCUAAACAACCAAAGAGAGUGGGGCUUUCUGUGCGACUGCUGUAUCGCUAUCGAUGAUAUUUAUUUUCAAGCGCAUAAAGCAGUUCUUGCUGCGUGCAGCUCCUAUUUUAGGAUGUUUUUUAUGAACCAUCAACACACUACAGCCCAGCUGAAUCUAAGCAACAUGAAGAUUAGCGCUGAAUGCUUUGAUCUUAUUUUACAGUUCAUGUAUUUAGGAAAAAUUAUGACAGCCCCUGCCAAUUUUGAGCAAUUUAAAGUGGCCAUGAACUAUUUACAGCUAUAUAAUGUACCUGAAUGUCUGGAAGAUAUACAGGAUACAGACUCAUCUAGUUUAAAAUGUUCAUCUUCUGCUUCUAGCACCCAGAAUAGUAAAAUGAUAUUUGGCGUGAGAAUGUAUGAAGACACGCUUGCUAGAAAUGGCAGCGAAGGAAACAGGUGGGGCAUGGAGCCGCCAAGUUCAACAGUAAAUACAUCCCAUAACAAAGAGCCUGAUGAAGAAGCUUUGCAGCUAAGCAGCUUCCCCGAACAACUGUUUGAUGUCUGCAAAAAAAGCACCACGUCCAAAUUCUCUCACACAAAAGAGCGCGUGUCCCACUCACGCCGUUUUGGAAGAAGCUUCACCUGCGACAGCUGCGGAUUUAGUUUUAGCUGUGAAAAGCUACUGGAUGAGCACGUGUUAACGUGCACUAACAGGCAUUCUUACCAAAGUGCCAGGUACUACAGUGCGGAAAAAAUAGACUUUAACGAAAAGGACUCUACUUCUAAAAUAAUCUCCACACAAACAGAAAAAUACAAGGGGGACUCAAGCCAAGCUGCGGACGAUUCUUCGUCUCCCGUGUCAAACAUCACAAGCAGAAAAAGCAGCACGGUUGCCUCCGAGACAUCAGGUGAAGAAGGAAGUAGAGCCUCUGAGAGGAAGAGGAUUAUCAUCAAGAUGGAACCAGAGGACAAUCCUGCAGACGAGCUGAAGGAUUUUAAUAUUAUUAAGGUGACAGAUAAAGACUGCAAUGAGUCCUCCGACAAUGAUGACCUAGAUGAUGAACAGGAAGAGCCGCUUUACAGAUACUAUGUUGAGGAAGAGAUCAGAGAGAAGAGAAACGCUCGGAAGACUUUAAAACCCCGUUUAUCCAUGGAUGAGGAUGAAAGAAAGUGUUUGAAAAGUCCGCGGCACCUUAACAGGAAGACUCCUUCAGUGCAGGAAGAUGUGGAGAACGCUCCCUGUGAACUUUGUGGGCUAACAAUCACCGAGGAAGAUUUGUCCUCUCAUUAUUUAUCCAAACACAUAGAAAAUAUAUGUGCUUGUGGCAAGUGUGGUCAAAUACUGGUCAAAGGCAAGCAGUUGCAGGACCACGCACAGACCUGUGGAGAACCCCAGGAUCUGACCAUGAAUGGUAUCAGGAAUUCUGAGGAGAAAAUGGACUUAGAAGAAAACCCCGAGGAGCAGUCAGAAAUAAGGGACAUGAUGUUUGCAGAGAUGCUAGAGGACUUCAGGGACAGUCAUUUCCAAAUGAACAGCCUUCAAAAAAAACAGUUAUACAAGCAUUCUGCCUGUCCUUUCCGAUGCCCUAAUUGCGGUCAGCGUUUUGAAACUGAAAACCUAGUGGUUGAACAUAUGUCAAACUGCCUGGAGCAAGAUCUGUUCAAGAACUCCAUGAUGGAAGAGAACGAGAGGGAUCACAGACGUAAGCAUUUCUGCAAUCUUUGUGGGAAAGGAUUUUAUCAGCGUUGCCACUUGCGGGAACACUAUACUGUUCAUACCAAGGAAAAACAGUUUGUUUGUCAGACAUGUGGGAAGCAGUUCUUAAGAGAGCGCCAGUUGCGGCUCCACAAUGAUAUGCACAAAGGCAUGGCCAGGUAUGUCUGUUCCAUUUGUGAUCAAGGAAACUUCCGAAAACAUGACCAUGUACGGCAUAUGAUAUCUCACUUAUCAGCUGGAGAGACUAUAUGCCAGGUCUGCUUUCAGAUAUUCCCAAAUAAUGAGCAACUGGAGCAGCACAUGGAUGUUCAUCUGUAUACAUGUGGAGUAUGUGGAGCAAAAUUUAAUUUGAGGAAAGAUAUGAGAUCUCACUAUAAUGCCAAGCAUUUGAAAAGAACAUAAGCGUAAACAUACUGUUAAAGCAUUAAGUUGUCAGCAGAGAGAACACCAAAGCAAGGCAUACAGUAUAGUAGACAAAAAUUGGAAAAAAAAAAAUUGAAAAAAAGUCUCUUUUUUAUUAUUUUUUUUUUUAAGACCCUUCUAACUAUAGGUGUCUAUUUAGGCUCAUUAAGUAUAUAGCUUUGGAAAGCAUCAUGUGUUUAAUUAUUACAUUUUCACUGUUUCCUAAUAUCAGUUUCUGUUCUUAAUUUUAUUGUUUUACUAAGUAGAUAUACAAAUCAUUAUUUUUAAACUGUAGAUUAAAAGCACAAUGUUACCCCUUCACUGACUGCUAUUAAACAGUUCUCGGAUCCAUGUCCGUAAGAUGAGUGCUUUAAUAUUUCCAUGUGUUGUUUCUUCAUGUGAAAAUUUUAGAUCACAGCAAUUAACGUGCAAGAGCUUAAUUGUUCAUAAUCCCCACAUUAAUUUUCAAAAUGAAAAAAAAAAACCCCAAUGCCAAGAAAUAAUCCUUUGCUCUCUGACUCUGCUGUAAGGGCAGAGCUGGCUGUCCUGGUCCUCUGCUUCUUGGCUUUGUCGGAACGUGCAUCCCAGGGGUGAGAGCACGUAGGCUCAGUUAAACCUUGCAGACUUGGACUGGUGUGCGCAAAGGGAAAGGGAGUUAAUGACUGUCGGGAUAACCAAGGAGUUCCCAGCAGAGUGGUCAUUUUCCAGACUUGAAGUCCUAGCAGAACUGUGCAACUGACGUUGGCCUUUCGUUUUCUGUCUGUACCUACAUGGGUACAUAUAACCUGCUUACGCUAAUAUACAAGGGAAGAGUGGCAGUGGUGGAUUGCUAGGAAUGCAGAAUGGCCGUGUGCAUUGAAGACUGCGUUUCUUCGCCUAGCUGCAAAUGGUGCCUUGCUGCUUGUGUUGGAAAGUUAAAAGUGGGAUGGGUGUGAAGAUAGUCCCGUUGCUUGGGCGGGGAGGGGAAGGGGGAGUGUGGCUCAUGUGAACCUUAGUUUUUUUGUUUCUUGUUUUCAUGAUACUUUCUGAAUGUUCUGUUUUUCAACAAGAAUAUAACAAGAAAAGACUGCAGAGUUUGCUUAAUAAAUGUAAAGACAUUUUAUGCCUUU